GCUGGCCUGAGCGUAGUGAACUCAAGUCUCCUGGAGGAAUGGCUGGAAAAGCCCACACCUGGAGGACCCUCCCUCCCUGCCCCUCCACGGCAGGUCGCAUCUGGGAGACGCUCGGGUCCUCAGAGGCAUGAGUGACAGUGAGCAAUUCACCCGCUCGCCAGCACUGGGUGGAGAGCAGCAGGCAAGGAUGGAUGCGAUCGACAGCUUCCUUGUGAAUGGGAGCAACAUCACUCUGCCCUGCGAACUAGGCAUCGAGAAUGAGACGCUUUUCUGCUUGGAUCGGCCCCUCCCGUCCAAAGAGUGGCAGCCGGCCGUGCAGAUUCUCUUGUAUUCCCUGAUAUUCCUGAUAUUCCUGCUCAGCGUGCUGGGGAACACCCUGGUCAUCACGGUGCUGAUUCGGAACAAGAGGAUGAGGACCGUCACCAACAUCUUUCUGCUGUCCCUGGCCGUCAGUGACCUCAUGCUCUGCCUCUUCUGCAUGCCUUUCAACCUCAUCCCCAACCUGCUCAAGGAUUUCAUCUUUGGCAGCGCCGUCUGCAAGACCACCGCCUACUUCAUGGGCACGUCUGUGAGUGUAUCCACUUUUAAUCUGGUCGCCAUAUCUCUGGAGAGAUACGGUGCGAUUUGCAAACCCUUGCAGUCCCGGGUCUGGCAGACAAAAUCCCACGCUUUGAAGGUGAUCGCCGCUACCUGGUGCCUCUCCUUUACCAUCAUGACUCCGUACCCAGUUUAUAGCAACUUGGUGCCUUUUACCAAAAACAACAACCAGACGGCAAACAUGUGCCGCUUCUUACUGCCAAGUGACGUGAUGCAGCAGUUCUGGCACACGUUCCUGUUGCUCAUCCUCUUUCUUAUUCCUGGAAUCGUGAUGAUGGUGGCGUAUGGAUUAAUCUCUUUGGAACUUUACCAAGGAAUAAAAUUUGAUGCUAGCCAGAAGAAGUCUGCUCGAGAGAGGAAGGCGAGCACCGGCAGCAGCAGCGGCAGGUUCGAGGACAGCGACGGCUGCUACCUGCAGAGGCCGCAGCCCCGCCGGCAGCUGGAGCUGCAGCGCCUGUCCAUCGCCAGCGGCCGCGGGGCCAGCCGCAUCCGCAGCAGCAGCUCCGCCACCAACCUGCUGGCCAAGAAGCGGGUGAUCCGCAUGCUCAUGGUCAUCGUGGCGCUCUUCUUCCUGUGCUGGAUGCCCAUCUUCAGCGCCAACGCCUGGCGCGCCUACGACCCGGCCUCGGCCGAGCGCCAGCUCUCGGGGACGCCCAUCUCCUUCAUCCUCCUGCUGUCCUACACGUCCUCCUGCGUCAACCCCAUCAUCUACUGCUUCAUGAACAAGCGCUUCCGCCUGGGCUUCCUGGCCACCUUCCCCUGCUGCCCGCACCCGGGGCCCCCGGGGGCGCGGGGAGAGGCGGGGGAGGAGGAGGGCAGAACCACCGGGGCGUCUCUGUCCAGGUACUCCUACAGCCACAUGGGGGGCAAUGCCCCCUGA